GACACGUGCUUCAACGAAGCGUAGAGUGCUUCUUAAAAAUCUUAGAGAAUCGCUAACUGUGUUCGAUUGCUGGAAUUCGUAUUCACAAGUCUCUUCUAAACUCUGUAGUCAAAAUUGAUAGGGUACUACGCAUGGGUCAUGGGAUUUAGACUGCUCCGUCAGAGCAUGCUCCGUGUUCCAAAGACUGCCGUUUGCUAUCCCUCUCCAACGUUUCUUGCGGAGGAUAAACUCCUGGGGGUUGGUUGAGAGCUGCCUGUGAUUGGACAGGAUCGUAUUGGACCUACCCCGCAGACUACUCUACAUGGAAAGAGUAGCUCAGUUUGCCACAGGCUGUCGUUGAAUUUGUUUGGCAGUGUGCUUCCUAUCAAACAGUAAUCAGGGUGUCAGAAUUAUUGCAAGUAGUGAUGGUUUUGAAUGGAGAAACGAGAGCUCGAGUGCGGGCCGCGCGGGAUUACGGGAAUCGCACAGACAGGCCUGUGAACACGUGCGAAAAUGCUCGUGCCUCGACGUUUGCACCCUUGGCAUCGAUCGUCCUCUCGCUUAGCGUGCUUUCCGUCGUCGGAGAAAAAUCCGAUCUCUUCAUUCCUCUCCACAUCCCUCCGAUUAAAAUAAAGACCGAGAUUCUGGAUGAGAUUGAGAAUUUUUCUGCCAACGAUGAACUGGAUAUCGAACAGCAUGUCAGAAAUGUACCAUUGGAAAAUGUAUCGCUCCAUGAAGAUUCCGAACAGAUCCCAGAAUCGGACUGUCAAAGAAAUGCAAGCGUUUCACUUUCCCAGAGACAAAUGGACGAGUACACUGAUUUAAAGGAAUACAUCGUGGCACUGACAGGAGGAAGGCUUUUAAUGUGCAGCGUCUGCAGGAUCGAAUUUCCGAACGAGAUCGAAUUCAGGACUCACAUGAUUGGACAUAGCCAUGAGAAACUUUUCCAGUGCGGAUACUGCAGGAAACAAUUCUUACGAUCGUCAACCUUAAAGGAUCACCUGCAUAUGCAUUUUAUUCCAAAGUCUUUCGCGUGCAGACAAUGUGAACUCCAAUUUCAGAGGAAACGUGCGUUGAAAAAACACCAGGCCGAAGCGCACUCAGGAGGAAGAACGUUCGAGUGUUCUAUUUGCAAGAAAAAACUGCUGCACCACCGAUCGCUGCGCGAUCACAAGCUGACGCACGCUAACGCGAGGCUCCACGAAUGUACGACUUGCGGCAAGGGCUUCCCGAGGUCCAGCAGCCUCCGGACUCACAUGAUCGUCCAUACCGCGGACUCGCCGUUCGCGUGCGAUCUCUGCCCGGCAAGGUUCAAGAGAUCGUCGGUGCUGAAGACGCACAAGCUGACGCACACGGGCGUGAGAAGAUUCGAGUGCGACAUCUGCAAGCAUCGUUUCCAUCUGAAAGGGGCGCUCAAGCACCACAUAUUGGCGCAUUACGGUAUCAGGCCCUACAAAUGCGAAGAUUGCGGCAAGAGCUACAGAAGAUCCUGGGGUCUCAAGGUACACAGAUAUCGACAUACCGGUAUAAAGCAAUUCGAAUGCGACUUUUGCAAGCUGCGUUUCAGCGUGAAGACAAAACUCGCGAAUCACAUUUAUACGCAUACCGGCGAGAAACCGUACAAAUGUGACAUUUGCAGCCGUCAGUACUGCGAGAGAUAUCAGUUGAAAGCGCACAGGAGUACACGACAUUAUUCGGUAACUCGUUGAAACUGAAGAUCAUCUAAAUCUUAUUUGUUUACCUGAAGUUAUUAGAAAGUCUAAUAAAAAUAAAUUAAAAAACUACAUGCAUUAUUAAGCAUAUAAUAAUACAUAAUGAAGAUAAAAAAGAUAUAAAAUAAAUAAGAAUGUCAGCAAAGAUUAUUAUAAAAAUUUGUUUGCAAAUUUGGUCUUUCCCUUUAUAUCGAAAAACACAUAUUAAAAAAGAAGGUAUUAAACUACAUAAGUAUGAAACUUACAAAAAUCAUUCGAUAAGAUUUUUACAUUCACGGUGCGCUAAUUCCGAAACGUAGAUAUCGCCGGCGCGAUUAAUUUAAUUAUUGUCGGUCGCGAUUGCUUAUAAUAAGACCCGACUUGAUACAAUGGCCGGCCGCCAUUUCAUUCGUGAUCGAAUCUAUCCUCACGGAUACCGUCCGCGUUUGCAUGCCCGUGAAGCUUAAUAAGGCAUGGCCUUAAUAAGCACUUCGCCGCAGAACAAAACACCGAUUAAUCCCAGACCGGACCGACUCCGAUACGGAUUGGUUUCGAGCUGCCUGCCGACUCGCGCGCGCAGGAUAAGUCGGCUCUUAGGUUCGCGUCAUCAACAUCGUAUCGUACAUAAUCACAGUCUUUAUUCGAUAUUGCUCGAACGUGAUCCCACCGGGAUCAUCGAACGGCGCUGCGAAAUUAAUGCAACUUCCAAGACGUAACAGUCCUUUGAAAGUAAUUAUUUACUUUCCAAAGUAUACACACUCAUACACGUUUCGUUAUA